AUGAAAAUGGCGAGAGCCCUCCAUCCACUGUUUGUCGCCGUUCUUGCCUCGUGCCUUGUGGCGGCGCUGGGUCUGUCCGGCGGCGCUGCCAAUGCGGCGGCCGGGAGGAAGAUGGUUGGCGUCUAUGAGCUCAAGAAGGGGGAUUUCUCCAUCAAGGUCACUAACUGGGGCGCUACUCUCAUGUCUGUCGUUCUCCCCGACUCCAGAGGAAAUUUGGCAGAUGUAGUCCUCGGCUACGAUACAGUUGCUGAAUAUGUUAACGGCACGGCCUACUUCGGAGGGCUGAUCGGCCGCGUUGCCAACAGGAUUUCCGGUGCCAGGUUUACGCUGGACGGCAAAGCCUACCGGCUGUUCCCCAACGAUGGCAAGAACACCCUCCACGGUGGCCACCGAGGAUUCAGCAAGGUCGUAUGGACGGUGAAGGAGCACGUCGGAGGUGGCAGCUCCCCGUUCAUCACUCUGUACUACCAUAGCUUCAACGGAGAGCAAGGUUUUCCAGGCGACCUGGACGUGUAUGUGACGUACCAGAUCUCGGACGCGCACGUGCUGAGCGUGCACAUGAACGCGACGGCGCGGGACAAGGCCACCCCGGUGAACCUGGCGCACCACGCCUACUGGAACCUCGGCGGCCACGGCAGCGGCAGCAUCCUCGGCGAGAAGGUCCGUCUCUUCGCGUCCCGGUACACGCCCGUGGACGCCGCGCUCAUCCCGACGGGGCGGCUCGCGCCCGUGGCCGGCACGCCCUACGACUUCCGCAAGCCGGCGGCCGUGGGCGCGCGGAUCGGCGGGCUCCUGCACCGCGGCGUCACGGGGUACGACACCAACUACGCGGUGGACGGCGGGGAGCGCGGCGGGCUGCGGCGCCAGCUGCGGCGGGUGGCGGUGGUCCGUGACGGCGCGUCCGGCAGGGCGAUGGAGCUGUGGGCCGACCAGCCCGGGGUGCAGUUCUACACGGCCAACGGGCUGAGCGGGGUGAGGGGGAAGGGCGGCAAGGUGUACGACCGGCACGACGCGCUGUGCCUGGAGACGCAGGGGUUCCCCGACGCCGUGAACCGCCCCAAUUUCCCGUCGCAGAUCGUCAGGCCCGGGCAGGUGUACAGCCAUGACAUGGUGUUCAAGUUCUCCUUCUAG